AUCAUCCUUUCUAUUCUUUUUUUUUUUUUAAUUUAUCCUUAUCAAGCACGAAAAGCAUUAUCUUUAGCAACAGAAUUAAGCAAACUUAAUUUUUUUUAAACCCCCAAUUGUUUAGUUUUGUAUUUCCAUUCAAAGAUUCCUUUCCCUCCUUGAAAUUCAGGCUGACCUAUAGUAAAAAAUCAUAUUCAUGUCUUCAAGAACGUUGAGGAGAAGACUCCAUCAUGGGGAUGUUGAUGGCAAAAGGCAGGAGCAUUUUGAGACUUCAGGAUUAGAUUCUUUGAGUGAGCCCUUGCUGGUGGAAGAUGAUUAUAUUGAAAAUAAGAAGAUUUGUACUCUUGAAGAUUUAUGGGACGAUGAGAGGAAGAAGGCACAGUUCCAUUGGACAUUCAUAUUUUCAAACCUCAUUGCAGAAUGGGCUCAGUGGUUAGCAAAUGUUGUACUAGGAUCUGGAUCUCUUAUUGGGCGUCUCUUAUCUUUUCCUUCUACUGCUCUAAAUAUGCAAAAUAAUAGGAUGCUUCCUUCAUCUCUAAGCCCUCUGCAGGAAGAAAGACUAAGAAACUUACGACAACGGCUUGAAGUCCCCUUUGAUGGUUCUAAAACAGAGCACCAAGAUGCACUUAAACAACUGUGGAAAUUGGCUUACCCUAACAGAGAGCUUCCUUCACUUAAAUCAGAGCUUUGGAAGGAAAUGGGAUGGCAAGGUUCAGACCCUUCAACAGAUUUUAGGGGUGGAGGAUUUAUAUCAUUAGAGAAUCUCAUCUAUUUUGCAACAAAGUAUCCAGAUUCAUUCCAGCGAUUAUUGCAUAAACAAGAUGGAACAAGGGCAGAGUGGGAAUAUCCAUUUGCCGUAGCUGGAAUCAAUAUUUCUUUUAUGUUGGCGCAGAUGCUGAAUCUUCAAUCAGCAUCUUCUUUGCCAGGAAUCCGUUUCCUCCAGCUACUUGAGGAGGAUGAAAUGGCAUUUGAUAUCCUUUAUUGUGUUGCCUUUCAAAUGAUGGAUGCUCAGUGGCUAGCAAAGCGUGCGACUUAUAUGGAAUUUAAUGAUGUUUUGAAGUCCACAAGAACGCAGUUAGAGCGUGAGCUUGCUCUUGAAGACACCUCCAGCGUGAAGGAUUUGCCGUCUUACAACUUGUUGAGAUGAUUAAGGAUUGUCAUUUAGUUUAACAUUCUUCUCUCCUUUUUUAUUUUGCAGAGAAUGUUACAUGAAGUGUAUCUAUCUAAAGCAUUUGUCAUAAUAUCUCUAAAUAGAAAAUGAAAAAGCAAGUGAAAUAUCAGAUUAAUCUUUCUGUCCAUUUUCAUCACCUUUGUAUUUAAGCAUAAUGUAUUUAGCAUUUGGGAAUUUUUUAAAGAAAAAUUGUGUUCUCAAUAAUUAC